UCACUUCACAAUGCCACCCAAUCAACGCGAAAUUCAGCGACAGCUGAUGAGAAAGUACAACAUCAUUUUUGACGGUCCAAUUGACUCAGUCACCAGUCCUCAGUGGCCGGGCAACUGCAACACCAUUUUUGACCACAUUCGGCGACUCGGCAAAACGGAUUACUCAGACUACCGCGAGAGCAUCUCCGCAGACUUUACGCGGUUUCCAUGGAGGCACCAGGUUCAGCAGCGCGCAAAGCGUAUUACAAAGAUUGCCAAACGCUGCUUAGAGAGCAGGAAGAAUGAAAGCGGAUGGCGUCUGGCGCUCGAAUCAGAAGUCAUGACCCGAUUUUCUGUAGAGAUUGCUUGUCGGAAUUGCCGUGGACGACUUUGGCGUUCUGAGCAAGAAGUCGACCCAACCACUCAAGCGGCUGAAGAGGAUGACCCCAAUUCCCUUCGGGCUCGACAGAGGAGGCGUCAGUCGUGUACAUGUAAGCCUAAUGGCUUCUCGCGAGACAUACCAGAGCAGGGAAUCAGCCCCUUGUUCGACGACAGAGCUGAAGAAGCAAUUAUCUAUUCUAGUGAACUGCGAGCGGAGCUCCCGAAACGUGAGCACCGCCCCGAUCGAGUCUUUGGGCUACAGGUUACCGAAAGGCUCUCUCGGCUACUAAACUACGCCGAGGAUAUCAGGAGUAGCCCGUUCAGGCUCGACGGAGAUCCUCUUGUCUUUCCCUUUCUGGUGAUUGAAGCCAAAUCUGAGAAGGGCAGUGAUGCUUUCACCGACACGCAGGUUCAAACUGCCUUCGCUAUCAGAGAGCUACUCUCCAUACAGCAGGAACUAGCCCAUGUUGCGAAUGAAAAUGAAGAAUGGGAUGGAGGUCCACUUGUGUGGUUUCUGUCAUACAAAGGCGAGCAGUGGAGAGUAUUCGCAGCUUACAUUCAUACCACCCCUGAUACGAUAUCUUAUCGAGUGGUUCGUCUUUGGAGUGGCGGCGUCGACUCGCUGGACGGUGCACUUCAACUGCUUCUCAUUAUCGACUAUAUCGCUGAUUGGGCACGGGACAUCUAUCGCGAAGGCAUCGCCCGUAGCCUUCAAAGGCUUGCGCCCACUGACUCGGAGAGCCUGAGGCACGACGACGAUAUCUUCUCCAUGGCUGGAAAUAUCAGAUCGUGGAUUGCCAGUAAUUUCGACAGGAGUCACGACGCAAAGGACCGGCCUAUGGGAGACUCUCUCUGCAAAUUCGACUGCGGGUCAGGAGUUUUUCGAGACGCUAGAUUUGUUGACUCCCAAUGCAUCGGUUUAGUUAUCACCCACCACAAUGUCGAAUCCUUUCUGCGGACAGCCACCACGGACGAGGAGACAAGAGGUCUAAUAUCCGUUCUUCUGGAAAGCUUAGAGCGUCCCUGUCUUGCGAAGGGCCAAGUACUCAACGACUUGGAGCUCAUGUGGACAGACACUGACCGCAAUCUAUCUGAAAUACUACAUCCAGAAGACGUAUUCUAUGUUGUCGCUGUAGCAACAUUUUAUCUCAGCCCAGGCUGGAAGCCUACGAGAGAAUUGACGUAUCUAGCAGUCUCAAAGAAACUUGUUCAAGACUCCAUCAGGUCCCCAGCGGGGCCACUUUCAUCCACCAUACAACUUGAGAAAGCUCCGAUGGUCGAAGACUUAGAAUCACUCCGCGGGCAUCUUAAUAUGUCGGCCGAGGAUAAUUUGAAUGCCUGUCUUUAUAACUUUUGCCUUCGGACUGAUAAGCCAACCAGAGCUCGACGUUCGGAAGUCAACUAUGUUUUGAAGACCCUACCGACAGUUGCAUCGGAUGAUGCUGAUCGGGAGCUACAAGACCGAGUUCUGCGGGCUUGUGCACGACCUAGCACAAGGAACUUUGUGCGUAAGCUGCAUUCCAUAUAUAAGAUUGGGAGGAAUGAACCGGAUGUUCCAUUUCUUCGUGUAUCGUCAACAAUGGAUCGACUGGCCAGCCCCGAGGAUUUGCAACUUCGACCCGACAUUUUGGACCAGACAGAAUGGCCCUGGGCACACGAUAGCAGUUUCAAAACAAUGAAGGAGUCGAAUAAGGAAUUGAUCAUUGUCAGGAGAGCUGCGCAGGUCACUUAUUUCCAAGCGGAUAUGUGUAUCUAUGUUCUCGAUACAUCACUGGCGCAGCGAGGUAUUCCCCAAGCUCUAUUUUCUUGUCCACCGGAGACCCACGUUCUUAUGCUCAAGCUUGAUGAGGAUCCCAGCAACAUUGGUAGGUGGGGAACCUCGUUAUAUCCAGAAGAUGAGUUCAGGAAAGGUUGGAACCUUGCUAUUCAUACUUCAGACGACAUAGGCCGUCUAAUGGAUCACUUUGACAAGUUGAAGAAAGAGCUAAGGCAGUAUCGAGGGUUUGGAUUACUAUCUAAGUGGAAGCAUGUUACGACGGGUUGGGCCAUGCAUCAGAAUACUAGGUCUCUGGACUUUGCCUCUAAUCGGCCUUUUAUAAGACAUUCAUACCAAGCCCCGCUGAGUAGCACAUUACUCAAAGAGGAAGACUAUGGAUCUGACCGAUUGCCUCCAAUGCCCUUCCAUUCUGGAGUCAAACAGGCGAAUGAUGCUACAACGAGGGCAGCGGGGUCAGCAAAUAGAACGGCCGAAUCAGUACGCAGACCAACACUAGAAGGGAUAUUGCAAAACACAGACAACACUCGAGACGGUGACGACCGUGCGAACUUCUCUGCUAUGCCAGAGCAACGAAAAGAAAAAAGGCCCAUAGUGGCGGUGGAUGAGCCUGAUGAGGCUGAGUCCUCAGCACAUGCCGAACGACGAGCUCGUCAGGAGCGGGAAGUUGCCCGACGGUUUAAUAGUGAUUUUCUUUCCGACAAGGAGCUGGAAGAAUUGUUGGCAAAGGGAACGCUUUUCUGAACUGCCACAUACUGGUAUUGGCGUAUAUCUGUACUAUUAUAAAUUAUCUUGUUAUAAGAACUCAAUAAAU